GCACAUGUUGGGGUCAUCGUGCCGGGCUGAGGUUGGUGUGGAGGGGGACACGCCUGGGAGCACCCAGCGGCGUGGGCACGGCACCCUGGCGCCUGGGUGCAACCCCUCCCCCCCGUCCGCACAGGCUGGGCACGGAUUGGGGACAGGGAUGGUGCUUGUCACCGCACUGGGACGGUGCCCACGACCUGCUGGGACGGUGCCCACCGCCCCAAAGGGAUAGUGCCCACCAGACCAUCCUGCUUUGAUCGUGCCCACCACCAUGUUGUGACCACCCUCUCGCUGGGACAGUGCGCAUGUCCUGUUGUGACAAUUCCUGCCACCCCUCUGGGACGGUGCCUGUGACCCCCUGGGAUGUUGCCCACCACCAUGCUGGGACAGUGCCCGUGACCUGCCAGGAAGGUGACUGCCAUCCCGCUGGGAUGGUGCCCAUGACCCACAGGGAUGGUGCCCACCAUCCCACUGGGACAUGCUCACCACCCUGCUGCGACAGUGCCUGCCACCCUGUUGUGACGGCACCUGUUGCCCUGCCAGGAUGGUGCCCACUAUCCCACUAUGAUGGUGCCCACCACCCUGCUGUGGCAGUGCCUGUGACCCGCUGGGAUGGUGCCCAUGAGAUGCUGGAAUGGUGUCCACCAGCAGGGAUGAUGUGUACCACCCCACUGGGAUGGUGCCCGUGAUCCCACUAGGACGGUGCCCAUGACCUGCUGGGGUGAUGCCCAUCAUCCCACUGAGAUGGUGCCCAUGAUCUACUGGGAUGAUGCCUGCCACCCCUGGGAUGAUGUGCACCACCCCACUGGGAUGGUAUCUGUGAUCCCACUAGGAUGGUGCCCGUGAUCUGCAGGGCUGGUGCUAAGUAUCCUGCUGGGAUGGUGCCCGCAUUCGCAUGGGGUGCCGCGGGCACCCUGUUUCUCCGGGAUAUGGUGGCAGGUCCCCAGGUCCCCGUGGCGCAGCCAGGCCCAGGGCUCUACCCGGUGCCCGGCCGGCGCAGCGGGCGCGCAGCACCGCGGGGCGGGGCAGCGGGGGUCCGGCGCCGUGCGCCCGUGCCCACGCCGUGCCCUCGGUCCCCGCAGAGGUGCUGCUCAAGGUGCAGGUGUACGAGAGCGGCACCCUGGCCCCGCUGGCCCAGGCCACCCUCGAGGUUUUCGGCAACCGCAGCUCGCUGGCCACCGACACCACCGACCAUGAGGGUGCGGGCAUCCUGCCCAUCGCCUACCGCCUGGGCACCUGGGUCCUUGUCACCGCCGCCCGCCGCGGCUACGUCACCGCCUCCGUGCCCUGGCGCGUCCACAAGCUGCCGCUGUACGCCUCCGUGAGCCUCUACCUGCUCCCCGAGCGCCCCGCCACCCUCAUCCUCUACGAGGACCUGGUGCAAAUCCUGCUGGGGUCCCCAGGAGCCCGGAGCCAGCCGUGGGCGCAGUUCCCGCGCAAGGCGGCCCGCCUGCCCCGCAGCUCCACGUACAGCCAGCUCUCGGCCUCGCUGACGGCCGCCGCCGAGCCCGGCAUGCGCGGCUUCCCCUGCUUCGUCGGCGCCGAGCGCAACGGCAGCGCCAACGCCACGUGGCUCGAGCUGGCGCCCAUCGCCGCCGUCAGCGUGCACCUCUUCACGGGCAACGGCACCGAGGUGCAGCUCUCCGGCCCCGUGCAGCUCUCCAUCCCGCUGGCGCCGCGCGCCGGCCCCGCGGUGCCCACCAGCGUGCCGGCCUGGCGCUUCGACGGCAAGAGCGGCUUGUGGGUCCGCAACGGGACGGGGCUGAUCCGCAAGGAGGGGCAACAGCUCUACUGGACCUUCGUCUCCCCCCAGUUGGGCUACUGGGCGGCGGCUCUGCCCUCUCCUAGCACAGGGCUGGUGGCGAUGGCUGCGGGCAUGAAGGACAUCACCACGUACCACACCAUCUUCCUGCUCACCAUCUUGGGCGCGCUGGCCCUGCUCGUGCUCAUCCUGCUCUGCCUCCUCAUCUACUACUGCAGGAGGAGGUGUCUGAAGCCACGACAGCAGCACCGCAAGCUGCAGGUCUCGGGGACCCUGGACGCCUCCAAGAAGGACCAGGCCACCUCCAUGUCGCAGAUCAACCUCAUCUGCACGAGCCACCUGGAGACGGCGUCGUCCGGCGGCGACACGGACGUGCACACCCCCAUCCUCAAGUCGGCCUUCUCGGCCUCCCGCGAGUUCGAGAGCUCCCGCGAGGAGUUCUUCAAGCAGGUCUCGGCCCCCAAGCUGCGGAGCGUCCCCAAGACGCCCACGGACACCCUGAGCCACCGCGGCACGGCCAAGGAGGACUACGGGCGCCCGGGCGAGGCCUUCGGCCUCAAGGCCGCCCGCUCCAUGGAUGGGCCGGGGCCGGCCGAGGCCGCUUUGCUGGACGAGUACAAGCGGAGCUACUCGCACCAGCGCGUGGAGGACCGGGGCGCCCCGGCCCCCCGCAGGCACCCCCGGCCCGAGGGCGCCUACCUGCAAGAGCCGCCCUCGCCGCCGCCGCUGCCGCCCCCCUUCGAGCACUACGGGGGGCCCAAGGGGGAGCCCAAGGCGGCCGAAUUCCUGCUCUCGCAGUCGGUGGACCACCUGGCGCGUCCCACCUCGCUGAGCCAGCCCGGGCAGCUCAUCUUCUGCGGGUCCAUCGACCACGUCAAGGAGGAUGUCUACAGGAACGUCAUGCCCACCCUGGUCAUCCCUGCGCACUACAUGCGCCUGGCGGCCGACUACGCCGCCGGCGAGCAGCCGGGCGCCGGGCCGCCCGAGGGGCCUGCGGAGCUGGAGGGGCCGCCGGGCGCCGGGCAGCCCCACGCGUUGGGGCCGGCGGAGCAGCAGCAGCAGCAGCAGCAGCAGCAGCAGCAGCAGCAGCAGCGCCCGCUGCUGCCGCAGCCCUUCCCGCUGCCGCCGCAGGCCUACGGGGCGGGCGAGGCCGGCGAAGCGCCGGGCUGGGGGGCUCGCGCCGCCUCCGUCAGCGGCUCCGUCACCAUCCCCGUGCUCUUCAACGAGUCCACCAUGGCGCAGCUCAACGGCGAGCUGCAGGCGCUGACGGAGAAGAAGCUGCUGGAGCUGGGCGUGAAGCCGCACCCGCGCGCCUGGUUCGUGUCCCUGGACGGGCGCUCCUCGCAGGUGCGCCACUCCUACAUCGACCUGCAGGGCGGCGACAAGAGCCGCGACGCCGACGGCGAGCCCAAGGCCCGGCGGCGGCCCAAGGAGGAGCGCGAGCGCCCGCCGGCCCCCGGCAAGGCGCCGGCGGCCGGCGACGAGGCCGAGCGCAGCAGCAGCGGCGGGAGCCGCACGGCCGGCGGCUCGCCCGAGGACAACUCGCUGACGCCGCUGCUGGACGAGGCCGCCGAGGGCCGGGCGGGCGCGGGGCCGCGGCGGGGGCGAGCCCGCGGCGACAGCUCCCGCAGCAGCGCCAGCGAGCCCCGCCGGGACUCCCUGACCAGCCCCGAGGACGACAUGAACGACGCCGGCGAGGGCGGCGACGAGCCGGGCGACCGCAAGAGCCCCUGGCAGAAGCGGGAGGAGCGACCGCUCAUGGUCUUCAACGUGAAGUAAGCGGCAGGGCCCGUCCCCCUCCGUGCCUCCCCCCUCCCCCCCAAAUUCCCCUCCGCCAACUUGUGUCCCCCCCCCCAUGCUGCGGGCAUGGAGCCGGCGAGGGUACCCAGCCCCUCUCCGGUGCUGGCAAAGGGAUAGGAGAUGGUUGGGAGGGUCUGCAGGACCCUGAGAUGGUGGUGAGGACGUGGGGAUGGAGGGCGUCCUGGGCCACCCUCCUGCCCCGUCCGCCAUAGGCAGCUGGGACCUCCGCCCCAACCAAGGGCUGUGGCACCCCCAGGCCAGCUCUAGUGCCCUCUGCCCCCUUGCUGGGGGACGUAGCCAAGGGACCAGCCCCCAGGUGGCCCCCCCCGUUCCCGCCCUGCUGAGUGUCCCCCCCCACACACACCAGGACCUGCUGCAUGGGCUCCUGCUGCCCCCCAGCCCCCCCAAGUGCCUUCCUGCCCCCUCGCUGGCGCAGCCCCAGGGUGCCAUGAGAAGGGGUCCAGGCUGGGGGGGGGGGGGGGGCGCCGAACCCGGGGCCACCUCCCGCCCCCCCCCCACACCACCGUGACUUUGCCGUCAGUGUCUUUUUGCUGCUGUGACCUUGCUGGGUGGGGGGGGGUGGCUUUGAGGGACGGAGGACCCCCCCCCCGCUCCCACCACCACCACAAGGGCAGGGGGACCCACAGGACCCGCAUGGUGCCAAGCCGGCGACUACUGCAUGCCCGUGUCUCCCCCCCCCCAACCACCACCACCUUGUGCCACCCUGCGGGGGGGGGGGGGGGACACCGAGGACUGAGGUCCCCCUGCUUCUGUCCCUGCAGGGCCGGGGGGGCUGGCAGCGCCCCCCGCGCCACCGGCGCCUCCAAGCUGGCAUAGGAGCGGGGCCCGAGGGCAAGCGCCGGGGCCGGCGGG